UUUCUAACACGGUAAGGUCCUAUUUUUUGGGGCCGGGAACAUGGAAUAGUCUUUUGGUUAUACAGGACCGUUCAAAUCCCGAAGCCCUUCUCUCUAAUUCUCUCAGGUUCCCCGACUCACCCCCCCUCUCUCUCGCGCGCGCGGUGACAGUCCACGCCUCACCUCUUCUUCGAGGAAACCCCACCCAAAGAUCCCUUCUCCCUCUCACGAGAACUAGGGUUAGUGGAUUCGUAGCUUGCUCUCCGGUUCGAUUUCUUCGCUAGGAGAUCUCUUUGCCCAUGCCUCUCCAAGAAAGCCGCUUUCUUGGGCUCUCCGCAGUCCGUUUAACCACGCCUUAGCUCGGAGCAUUGAGGCGUUGUUGCAUCACUUCUGAGAUCGGGAGAGGAGGGGCGGAGAUGCGAAUCUCGAUCUGGGUUUUGUCGAUCUGGUUGAGCUUUGGUUCGUUCUUGACAUCUGGAUCUUCUGAACCGGCGGAUUUCCGACGGGCAUUUCCAAUUGUGGAGCCAGAUCCUGGUCAUACUAAACUGAAUCUUGCAAGAGAGGGUUUGGAGGCAAUUGAAAGAAUUACAACCCCUAUAGCAGCUGUCGCUGUUAUUGGUCCAUAUCGGUCAGGAAAAUCUUUUCUUCUCAAUCAACUUCUCUCGCUGCAAUGUGAUGAAGGUUUUGGUGUUGGACAUAUGCGUGAUACCAAGACAAAAGGAAUAUGGGUUUGGGGUAGCCCGGUGGAAUUAGUUAUUGAUGGAACAAAGGUGUCAGUGCUGUACCUUGAUACUGAAGGAUUUGAAAGUGUUGGGAAAUCAAAUGUAUAUGAUGAUAGGAUCUUUGCUCUGGCAACAGUAAUGAGUUCUGUUCUUAUCUACAACCUGCCUGAGACGAUUCGUGAGGCUGAUAUAUCUCGUCUGUCAUUUGCUGUUGAAAUUGCAGAAGAAUUCUAUGGAAGAGUUAAGGGACAGGAUGUUGCAUUUGAGCCUGCUAAACUCUUAUGGCUUAUCCAGCGAGAUUUCCUGCAAGGGAAGUCGGUUCAAGAAAUGGUGAAUGAAGCUCUUCGGCGGGUCCCUAAUGAUAAUGGAGACAAAAACAUCAACCAGAUAAAUCAAAUUCGAGAGUCCCUGGCAAUUAUGGGUGAUAAUAGUACAGCCUUUAGCUUACCACAGCCUCAUCUUCAAAGAACGAAGCUUUGUGAAUUGAAGGACAGUGAACUUGAUCCAAUGUAUGUAAAGAAGAGGGAGCAGUUGAAACGACUUGUUGCGUCCAUUGCACGUCCAAAGAUUGUGCAGGGUAAACAUCUGAAUGGGAAGGAGUUCGUAUCCUUUCUAAAACAGAUUCUUGAAGCCUUGAACCAAGGAGAAAUUCCAUCAACAGGUUCUCUUGUUGAGGUUUUUAAUAAGGCGAUUCUUGAACGUUGCUUGAAGCUGUACCAUCAACGGAUGGACAGGUUGGGUCUCCCAGUACCAGUGGACAAAUUACAGCAGGCUCAUGAUGAAUCAAAAAAGGAAGCAAGAAAACUCUUUGACGAACAGCAUUUUGGUCAUCAUCAUGCUGAACAAUCUGUCCUAAAACUUGACGAAGAGAUGGAGAAGGUUUAUAGAAAUAUCCUUCUGGCAAAUGAAUAUCAGUCAUCAAAAUUGUGUGAGGCCUUGUACACAAAGUGCGAGGAUCUAAUGGAUCAGCUUCAAGUCUUGAGACUUCCUUCUAUGGCAAAAUUUAAUUCUGGUUUUCUUCGUUGCAAUCAAAGUUUUGAAGAAGACUGUGUUGGGCCUUCAAAGGAAGCUUAUGAGAAGAGAAUGAUGAAGAUGCUUGGGAAGUCACGUUCUCUUUUUAUCAAGGAUUACAACAACAGACUUUUCAAUUGGUUAGUGGCUUUCUCCCUUGUUAUGGUUGUAGUGGGCCGGUUCAUCAUCAAGUUCAUUUUGCUAGAGAUUGGUGCAUGGAUGAUGUUUAUUUUCUUGGAGACAUAUACAAGAAUGUUCUGGUCGGCAGAGUCGCUGUACUACAAUCCUGCUUGGCAUUUUAUUGUUGCUACUUGGGAAACUAUAGUUUAUAGCCCUUUUCUUGAUCUAGAUAGAUGGGCAAUUCCUAUUGGAGUUUUGCUAAUGAUUCUGCUUCUAUACUGGCGGUGUUGCGAGAGGAGGAAACAUGGUGCUCGUUCCCUGUUACCGCUGUAUAAUAAACCUCAUAAAGGUGGCUCCGAUCGCCCAAGAUCGGACUGAAGACAAAGUCUGAAGGAAGUCUGCAUCGUUCAGUUUCCUUGCCCACGAGAUCUGCUAUAUGACUGUCAUUCAUCUCAUUGGAUGGGCCUUCUUUUUAUGGUGCCCUGCCGAUGGGUUCAGAUUUUUUCUGGGCAUUCAUCUAGAGAGAUGAAAUUAUCAAAGCAUUGGACAAAUAGCUGUAAGCAUUUGUUCUGUUUUUUUUUUUUCCUGACAUGUUGCUUCAUAUUCUUUGUUGCAGUUCAUUUUCCUGGAACUGUCAAUAUUUAUCAAUAUUAUAGCGGACGUUGUUUUUUAGGUUCUCCAUCUAUCUAUCCAGUUUUUCAGA